AUGAUGAACAACGAGGAGCGCCUGGUUGUUGGCGUGGACAUAGGGACCACAAAAACGGUGGUGACCUAUUACUACCCCACCAAGGAAGAAGUCCUUGAGUGGCGCCCUGGGGGCAACGAGUCCUCCAUCAUCCCAACGCUGUUGGCUUAUCGCCCCGGAGGUGAACGUACUUGGGGCCAUGGUGUAGAUCAGAGCGACACACACCUAAUCAUGAUGAAGCUGAGAAUUGUCGGGUCCCCCAAUAUAGACUCGGUAGACCAGAGAGUUAUCUCUGACAAGGGCAACUUGCCCGGAGACAACAGGAACGACGUACCGACGCAAAGGUCCAUAGCCGACUUCCUCAGAUGCCUCCGCAUCGCAUUUCGUGAUGAUCGCAUAGUCUCGGAAUCCAUCGAAGUCAGGCGACUACCCCAAAUUGACUGGCAUUUUGCGAUGCCCAACACAUGGAAGGAGGAGGGAGAAAUUGUGAUGCGUGCUGCCAUCGAGGAGGCUGGCUUCCAGCACGGGAAUGACAACGCUCGCAUAUUCUACAUGUCAGAGGCGAAAGCUGCGGCAAUCGGAGCGGCGGACCAACUCCGCGAAGGGGACAUGCAGGUGGGAGACUUCGUGCUUCUCUGCGAUCUAGGGGGGAUUACUAGCAUAAGCCAAUUCUUUCUGUUCCCAACCGGAUUGAAGAUUGGGAAUCCAUUGCUCUGA